AUGACCUCAUCAACGCGCGAACCAGACGCGCAAGAACCCGGGCAAACCCUAGCCAACAACCACGAAGCAUCGCCACGAGACUCCAGUCCAGAAACCACAGAAGAGAAGACAGCACAACACACAUCGACAGACGAGGAGAGUAACAACCAAGAUGGCAAGAUCAUGGGUCGCAGUAAAGGCAAAUUGGCCGUCAUCAUGGCUGCCCUGUGUAUGGCCGUCUUUUUGGCCGCGCUGGAUGUGACCAUCAUUACGACUGCGCUGCCCACGAUUUCGCAGCAUUUCAAUUCUGCGGCAGGAUAUACUUGGAUUGGAUCGGCAUUUUUGCUGGCCAAUAGUGCUUCCAUUCCAAUAUGGGGCAAGGUCUCGGACAUCUUUGGCAGAAAGCCCAUGUUGCUACUAGCAAACGUCAUCUUCUUGAUUGGCUCUCUCGUCGCGGCUCUGGCGAAUAGCAUUGGCAUGCUCAUCGCUGCUCGUGCCGUACAGGGAAUUGGAGGAGGUGGACUAGUUAUCUUGGUCAAUAUCGUCAUUGGAGACCUCAUUCCUCUGAGAAUUCGUGGUGCUUUUUACGGAAUUAUCGGAGGGGUUUGGGCAAUAGCCUCUGCUACGGGACCCAUCAUCGGCGGUGCUCUCACUCAAGGCGUCUCUUGGAGAUGGUGCUUCUACAUCAACCUUCCCCUCGAUGGCCUCGCCUUCUUCAUCCUCUUCUUCUUCCUCGACAUCAAAACUCCCCGAACCCCAAUCCUGUCCGGCCUUCGCGCAAUUGACUGGGUCGGCUCUCUGACCGUCGUUGGGGGAACUCUCAUGUUCCUCUUCGGUCUCCAAUACGGCGGCGUCACAGCUCCAUGGGACUCCACUCUUGUCCUCUGCCUCAUUAUCUUCGGCGCAUUCACCUUUUCCCUCUUCAUAAUCUGGGAAUGGCGGUUCGCAAAGUAUCCCAUAAUGCCCUUGGCUCUCUUCUCGUCCCGCACAAACCAAGCCACCUUGGCAACAGUCUUCUGUCACGGAUUCGUCUUCAUCUCCGCUUCCUAUUACCUCCCCUUGUACUUUCAAGCAAUUUUGGGAGCGACUCCACUACUCUCAGGAGUCUACCUCCUUCCUCACGCUCUAGCAUUAGCGUUCAGCUCCCUAGCCACAGGAGUCUUCAUCGCGAAGACCGGGCUGUUCAGACCACCAAUCUACUUCGCCUUCUUCAUGCUCGUCCUCGGAUUCGGGCUGUUUAUCAAUCUGGGCGCGCAUUCCGGCUGGGCCAAAAUCAUCAUCUACCAAUCUGURGCUGGCAUGGGAGUUGGACCAUUAUUUCAAGCUCCGAUCAUUGCGUUGCAGGCACACAUCAAGCCAAGAGAUAUCGGAACCGCAACGGCGACUUUGGGUUUCAUCCGUCAACUCUCAACCGCCAUCUCGGUGGUGAUUGGAGAGGUUGUGUAUCAAAACCAAAUGAACAAGAAGACCUCCACAAUCACCUCCGCUAUUGGCCCCGAAACCGCGGGUCGCGUCACAGGAGGCAACGCAGGAGCCAGCACGGAAUUCAUCAAUCAAUUACCGCAACCUGCCAAGGGCGUGGUGAGGGAGGCUUUUGCGAAAUCCUUWCAGCCCAUGUGGAUUCUUUACACGUGCUUUGCGGUGUUGGGAUUUAUUGUCAUGUUUGGAAUCGCCGGCAAGAAACUGACUAGAGAGCAUGAGGAGACUAAGACGGGAUUGGAGGCUGAGAAGGAGAAUGCUGAGGCUAGGGUGAGGGAAAGGGCGGAGAAGAAGAGCGGGAAGAGGAGCUCGAAGGGAGGAGGCAGUCCCGUUUUGGGGAGUGAGGGGGAGAAGAUGAGAGAUGAGGAGGCAGGGAGGUAG